UUUUUUUUGUUUUGUUUUGUUUUUUUUCAGGUCAGCAAGCACCACUUAAAGCUGAAAGAAUCCAUUGCUCGUUCAGAUGAAGCCUCAGAAAUGGCCCAAAAACAAGCUGCCCGGUUUGACCUUCUCCUCCCAGAAGAAGCAGGGUUUCUAGAAGGAGACGAAAAUGAGGACACAUGUACUAUCUCACAGCAAGAUAUCGCAGAUGCUGUGGAUAUAACGUCUGGGACCAAGUAUUUUGACCUGAAUCUGUCUCAAUUUGGACCAUACCAACUGGAUUACAGCAAAACCGGACGUCACCUGCUGCUUGGUGGGAGGAGAGGCCAUGUUGCUUGUGUUGACUGGCAAUCCAAACAGUUGAUGUGUGAAAUAAAUGUGAUGGAGUCCAUUCGUGAUGUUCGAUGGCUUCACACUGAGACCAUGUUUGCAGUGGCUCAGAAGAAGUGGCUGUUCAUCUAUGACUCAAAUGGAAUUGAACUUCACUGCAUCCGCAAGUUCAACGAUGUCCUUCGCAUGCAGUUUCUGCCCUACCACUUUUUGUUGGCCACCGCUAGCAUGACGGGUUUCCUGCAAUAUCUUGAUGUAUCCGUGGGAAAAGAGGUCGCCGCCAUAUGCACCAAGAAGGGCCGCCUGGACGUGAUGUGCCAGAACCCCUCAAACGCCGUCAUCCAUCUCGGGCACUCCAAUGGCACAGUCACCCUCUGGUCGCCCAGUCAAAAAGAGCCCCUCGUCAAGAUGCUGUGUCACCACGGUGGAGUGCGCUCUGUCGCCGUGGACAAAACAGGAACAUAUAUGGUGACGUCGGGCAUGGACAAAAAGCUGAAGGUGUUUGACGUCCGAACUUUCCAGAACCUCAAUUCUUACUUCCUCCCUGCUGGAGCUUCCUGUUUGUCAUUGAGCCAGCGGGGGCUGCUGGCUGCAGCCACGGGGGAUGUCGUCCAGGUGUACAGGGAUGUCUGGAGCUCUCCGGUGAGAAAACCCUACAUGGCCCACAGAGCCCAGGCUGCAGCAUGUGAGCUACGCUUUUGCCCCUUUGAGGAUGUCCUCGGGAUCGGGCACGGACAAGGCUUCACGAGCAUACUCGUACCAGGAGCGGGUGAGCCAAACUUUGAUGGCCUGGAUUCAAAUCCAUACCGCAGUGCCAAGCAGAGGCAGGAAUGGGAAGUUAAGGCGCUGCUGGAAAAGAUCCAGCCUGAGCUUAUCAGUUUGGACCCCACUCAACUCGGAAAGGUUGAUCUUGGCACCUUCCAGCAAAAGCACCAAGACAGAGUGCAGGCCCUGGGUUUUGAUCCUCUUGCCAAAGAAAAGUUUGUCCCCAGGCAUAAGAAAAAAGGCCGCAGCUCAGCGGGCAAUGUGGACAGGCGGAAGAGGCAAGUCGCUAAUAUUGACCAGAGGGAUCUUAUCGUGAAAAGUAUGGAGGACAAAAUGAAGCUGGAGCAAGAACGAAAAGCAAAGGAAAAGAAGAUGGCAGCUCUCGCCAGCCAAAAAUCAGCUCUGGGCAGAUUCCAAAAAUAGGAGAGGAGCCAUUGGAGCCCUCAAACACUGUGACAUCCUUGUUCUGAGUGACGCACGCCGCGUGUGGUCAAAACAAGCCGUGCCACAAACCCAGAAGGAGGACAUUGCUUCUGAUGAGUGACGUUUGUUUGUCAGUGGUGAGCGAUGUGGCAGUGUAGCUUGUUCAUACCUUAAGCACGUCCUGUCUGCAGAGGAAAAUUGAAAAAUGGGAAAUGCUUCCUAACUAACUCAUGUACUUUAUUAGCUCAACUAUUUCUUCAAUUAAAUAGAAAUGAAGUGCCAAAGUGCUUGAGUCCAUACAGUGCGACAUGAAAAAGAUGAACUGAUAAGUGGAGGUCAAAAGUAGUUUAUUGCUAAGCAUAACCACCUCUGCCACGACAUUGCAUAUACGUAUUUGCAAAUGGAUUAUGAUUUAACAGCUGAUCCCUGCCUUUGUACUUUGCAACUGUUUGUAGGCCAGAAAUAAAUAGUCCAGCUAAGAAAUUUAAACAAAGGUAUCCCCAUUUUAGUUAUUUCAGAUUAGAAAUAAUUUUUAUGGUGUUAACAAUGUGCAUGUAUUCUGCAGUUGAAAUUUCUGACAGUCGCGUUCAAAAUGCAAACACAAAAAAAAAAUUACUAAUUGAAAUAAAAGGCUGGAAAUGGCACAAAGAAGGAAGUAAAACAACAGCCACAACUUCAUCUCCUUUGUGACGCCUGUUUCCUGGUGCUGGUUAAAUAUUACACAUACACACACACACACUGCUGGUGUAAGCAGCGUACUUUGACUCGUGACAAAGUGUUUUGAAACGUGGCGGGUAAAAAAAAAAAAAACGGGAAUUGUGGAAAGAUUUUGACUCCUUUAUUGAAU